GUGUGUGUGUGACUAAUGCCGUGUGCGUCUCCUCCCGCCAGGGACGAGGACAUGCAGAGUAUGGCCUCCCUCAUGUCCAUGAACACUCCCAACGACAUCGCGCCGCUCGAGGACUUCGACGACGAGGACGAGAACGAAGGUCGCUGCUACAGUGAGCCGGUGAGCAGAGUGUCCACCCUCCGGCGCAAGGGACGCUCCACCCUCACCUCGCCAGGCUCCCCAGGUGAUGCCAUGGUCCGAUCAGCUGAGUUCAGUCAGCUAGCGGCGCAAAUCAGCUCCCUGACCUCGUCCUUCCACCAGGACGACCCCCUCUCCUUCUCCUUCAGCGACUCCCUGGUCGUUGCCGGCUACCCCCUGGACCUGCCGAGCCCCGACUUCGGCCACCUGCCGCCAGACUCGGCCCACUCACCGCCCCACUCACCCUACACGCCCACGCCCACGCCCACUCCUCUGCAAGAUUCUCCCCUCAACGCCUUCGAUGAGAAGGAGGAGGACGCCGCCACGCUGGAGGGCGGCGAGGAGCACGCCAACGCAAUCUCCACCGAAGGACACCCGCCCGCCACCUCCCACAACCACCAGAGUUGUGAGGGAGACGCUGCUGGGGCCAGCGAAGCAGUCGCCACCACUACCUCCACCGCCCCUCCCGCCUCUGACCCCGCCUACACAUCCGUCCAUGAGGGGUGAGUACUCUACUCUCGUGUUC